AUGCUCCCUGGGAUGAAGAGGGGGGGAGAACUCCUCUCCCGGCUGUGGGUUCUUCUGGGCUACGCAGCAGUCCCUCUUCCAGUUGCAGGCGCCGUCAAGGUCUCGGUGGUGGCCGACAGCAUCCAAGUGGUGCAGGGAGGAAUCGCACUCCUGCCCUGCGCCUUCUACACCACGGCGCCCUUGGACCGCCUCAACAUCAUCUGGACCGUCAUUCCCUCGGCAGACCCCCACCACCCACAGCAAGUGCUGGCUUACGAGCGGGGCGAGGUGGUGGAGAGCGUCUCCCACUACGCCGGCCGGGUGGGCUUUGCCUUCCCCCCAACCCAGAGUGCCACCAUCCUGCUCAACAACACGCACAGCACAGACAGCGGGACGUACCAAUGCAGCGUGUUCAACCCACCGGACAGCGCCCUCCCCAACAUUGGAGUGGUCCAGCUGACCGUGUUUGUCCCGCCAUCUAAUCCGAGGUGCUCCGGUGAGGGCAGCGGUGAAGAGGGGGCCACCCUCCAGUUCUCGUGCACCGUCGACGACGGAACGCCUGCCCCCGAUUUCGCCUGGGAGAAGAUCCCGGCAGACACGCGGCCUUUGCUGAUGAGUUACGAAGCAGACGACCGCCACGUCCUUUUGACCCUGCACAACCUGACGACGGAGGCUUCGGGCCUUUACCGGUGCACCGCCUCCAACAUGCUGGGCUCCGUCUCCUGCGCCUUGGAGCUCCGAGUGCACCUGGCCCCAGAUGGCACCAGGUCCCUCGUGGUGGGAAUCGCCCUCAUGUUCAGCAUGGGCGUGGUGCUGCUGAUGCUCCUGGCGCUGGUGCUGUGGCUGCACCAGUACAGCGCCGCUCAGUGGGCGGAGCCCGAAGAGGACGACGCCUCUAAUGAGAUCAGGAUCGACAGCUUCUCCCCGGGGCGCCUGCUUGUCGCCAAGAGCCGCUCAGGGGAUCUCCCCACGGCCGGCCCCAUCGCCACCCCGCUCUGGAUCUUCACCAGCACCACCCCCAACACCACCUACGCCCACCGCGAAUGGAGGCCCCCGCCAGGGACCCCGAACCACAGCACCCUGCCGGGGGCCCCCACGGCAGCGCCCGGCCAGGGGAGGUGGAGAAGCGUCAGCGUCUCCGAGCAGCGCGGCUCCUCGUCCGGAAGCGAAGAAGAGAAGCACCCGGGGACCGCCGCUCUCCCCAGACCCCCGGGCUUCCUGGUGUAG